AUGGCUGCAGCGGCUGUCAGCAAUGGCAACACUGCGAGAAAUUCGCGCGAGGUCACAGGACCACUCAGCGCUGCGUCACGCUUCGCCGAUAUCCCCUCCGCCAUCGAUAUUCCUGUCUCUGGAGGACUUGAUGCUGAAGAAGCAGUUGAAGUGAACCUCGAAGACCAUCUGGACGAUCCGACGGAACUCUGUCAGCUCCUCGAAAACGAAAAGGCCGCCAAGAACCUAUGGAUCACAAUCUCGCUGGCAUAUGCGAAACAGGCGCAAAUCGACCAUGCAAUCGAGAUAUUGGGCAAGGGGUUGGGGUCGUUGUCAAGAAGUGGCCCAAAAGAGAGACUCAGCCUUCUCACAUGUGUCGCAUGGCUGAACCUCCUCAAGAGCAGACAAGCUCCUCGUGUUUUGCCAGAGUCCCAGCAAUCUUCCGAGACGAAGACGAAAGAUCACUACCUGCGGGAAGCUACUGCGACCAUCAACGAUGCCCUUCGGAUCAACCCUGCGUAUCCUCCUCUGUACCUCACUCGAGGUGUCCUCUUCCUUCUUCGGGCGUCAUUACAAUCAUCUACCAAGACUGGGGCAGAGGCGGAACGGGGCGAAUCCCUCAAACAAGCCCUGAAAUGCUUUGAUGACGCUCUUCGAGCUUCCGAUGGCCGCAAUAUGAUGGCUGCAAUGGGGCGGGCAAGAACAUUGUAUCUUCUCAAGCAGUUUUCUCAGGCCCUACAGACAUACCAAGAAGUUCUGUCAAAGAUGCCAGGUCUGACUGAUCCGGAUCCUCGUAUUGGUAUCGGCUGUUGUCUAUGGCAAUUGGGGUUUCCUGAGAGAGCCAAAAUGGCAUGGGAGAGAUCACUUGCAUUGAACCCGGAGUCCAAGGUGGCCCACGCCUUACUAGGGGUCUACUACCUUCACGAGAGCGCCAAGUAUCCUGCAUCUGACCCCCAAUUCAAUGUGCUGUACAAAAAGGCGAUGAUCGACCACACAAAGAAAGCCUACACCAUCGACAAGAACUUCCCGCUCAGCUGUGCGACUUUCGCCAGCUAUUUCUUGCUGACUGGUCGAUAUGAGACAGUCGAGCCUUUGGCACGCAAGGCAAUUGAGCAGACCGACAUCAACGCCAUCGCCAGUGAUGGAUGGUAUCUGCUGGCUCGGAAGGAGCACAACAAGGGCGACCUGGUCAAAGCAAACGAUUACUAUACCAGAGCGGAUCAGGCCAGAGGUGGUCUCGACAAAGGCUACUUCCCUGCCAAGUUUGGGCUGAUCCAAAUAAUGGUCCAGACGCGGGACCUCCAAGGUGCCAAAUUUCGCCUCGAAUCGCUUGGUCAGCUCAAUCGACACAUAGAGGCAUUGACCCUCUUGGGUUGCAUAUAUGCGGAAGAAGCCUUCGCGUCCCAGACCACUUCGACAAAAGAGGAGAAAGCAGCUUCAGCUCGUAAAGCAAUUACACUGCUGGAGAACGUCCGGAAGACUUGGAAGGACGAAAAAUCUCGGGCCAGGCCCGAUGAGUCGGUAUUGCUCUACCUGGCGCGGCUUUACGAACAAGAAAAUCCUGUGGAAAGCUUGAAGUGUCUUCAACAGGUGGAAGCGAUGCAGCUGGAAAAGAUUCCCGAUGAGGAUAAGCCGGAUAUUGAAGACGAAGCGACGUUUAUCGCCACGUUACGGGAAUAUCUCCCUCCGCAACUUCUGAACAAUAUGGCUUGCUUUUUGUACAGUCAAGAAUCCUACCCUCUUGCCCGAGAGACGUUCCAAAUUGCUCUGAACGCCUGUGUCAAGCUCACCGAGAAACAAGAGGCCGAGAAGAAGGCCGUGGAAGAGGACAAGAUCAGCUCGGAAGACAUGGACAACAGCGACACUGAUGCGCUCGUGACUACGAUAUCUUAUAAUCUGGCUCGCACCUAUGAAGCUCUAGGCCUGACAGCUGAGGCACAGAAGGUGUAUGAAGGUCUGCUUGCCAGGCAUGCCGACUAUACGGAUGCUUCAGCCCGGUUGGCGUUCAUGACAUUGGAAUCCUCACCCAGAGAGGAAGGCCCGAGAAAGAUCCAUGCAGUGUACCAGAGCGACUACGGCAAUACUGAAGUUAGGGCGUUGAUGGGCUGGUACCAUCACAGUGCGAAGAAGAAAACCAACAACGUUGCCGAAGAUGUGGAAUACCGACACUACAAACAUACGCUACAGGGUUAUGACAAGCACGACCUCUACUCUCUCACUGGAAUGGGGAACAUACACCUUGCCAUUGCAAGAGAUAUGCCUCGCAACACCGAUCAGGAGAAGGAGAAGCGAAGCAAGAUGUAUUCAAAGGCGUACGAGUUCUUUGACAAAGCGCUACAGCUGGAAUCCAAGAAUGCAUACGCAGCGCAGGGUGUCGCAAUCGCAUUGUGUGAUGACAAGAAGGCUUAUUCAGACGCUCUGCAAAUCUUCACCAAGGUCAAGGACACACUCCGUGACAUCUGUGUCAACAUCAACCUGGGACAUGUUUUGACCGAACUUCGCCAGUAUCAACGGGCCAUCGACAAUUAUGACAUUGCACUCCGGAAAGAAGGCAAGAGCGAGAAUGCUCAGCUACUCGCUUGUUUAUCAAGAACGUGGCUCCUGAAAGGCAAGGCUGAUAGGUCAAUUCCGGCUCUGAACACGGCUCUGGAUUAUAUGAAGCGCGCAUUGGCCACACAACCCGACUCCCCUCAUCUGCAGUUCAACGUUGCUUUUAUUCAGUUCCAGAUAGCACAACACGUCAAUCAAGCCAGGGAGACAGAUCGUAGUCUGGACGAUGUGGACGCUGCUAUAGCUGGCCUCGAACAAGCCAUUGAGACCUUCGAGCGAGUCGCUCGGCACAAACAGCCGCCCUAUCCUCGCUCUGCGCUCGAGCAGCGAGCGGCAAUGGGCAAGAACACCAUGAGGAACCAGUUGGAACGACAGCGUGUCAAGCAGGCCACCUAUGAGAAUGAAAAUGCCGCCAAAUUAGAGGGCGCCAAACAGAAACGUCAAGAAGAGCUUCGCCGGCGAGAAGAAGCGGCUAGGAGACGCAGAGAAGAGGAAGAAGAGCGUACGAGGAAGAUUGCCGAAGAACGUCGCAAGAUCAUCGAGGAGACGGAACGGCUUGCAGAACAAGUGCGUGCGGAAGCCCUGGCCAGAGAAGCUGCAGAGUACACCGAUGAUGAGGAGACCGGGGAUCGAGUCAGGCGCAAGGCCAAGAAGGGAGGAUCCAAACGAAAGAAGAGAGAUGAUGAGGAUGGCUUCAUUGAAGAUGAUGGUGAGCAUGAUGGCAGGAGUGAGCGGACCGUCUCCAGAACUCCGAUUAGUGGUGGUUCCGACAACGAGGCUCCGGCGGAGAAGCCCAAGAAGAAGAAAAGAAAGCUGGAGCGCAAGAAUCCCCCCAAGGCAGUCAAGAAGAAUGGCAGGUACAAGUCCGCCGCCGUUGUCGUCGACUCAGACUCGGAAGAGCCCGAAGCUGUCCCGACUCCCGAAGCAGGAGCCGACACGCCACCCUCUGAGGCGCCCGAUCGAGACGAGGAGAUGGUGGACCCACGGGACGACGAUGACGACGAUGAGGCGGUCCGGUCUCAGCCACGCAUGAGACAACGGAAACAACUCAGAACGAUCGCUGACGAGGACUCGGACGAAGAAGAGGAAGCCGGAGGCCAAAAUGAUGCUGUCGAAUCGUCGAGACCUCAAGAGCUUGCAGGGGACGCAAGCGAGGGAGAUGAGUGA